AUGAGCGAUUAUGCCAAUUCUCAGAGGCGGAAACGGUCUUCAGCCUCCUCGCGGCCGAGUGACAAUACCAGGACCACCUCUACUAAGACCACCCCGUAUAGCGGCAACUUUGAGCAAAAAUUGAUCGACACUGGCAUCUACCCCAACCUAUACGAACACCCGGAUGGACGUCUAUCACAAAAGCCGGCAAACUUGAGCGAGAUCCAGGCCGCACAACGUGUCUCCCGCGCAUCUCUCUCACCUUCUCGAUUCACAGAUGACGAUUUCGAGGCAUUUCAACGCGCGAAUGCAAAGGCGUCCGCCGAGACCACGGGAAUGUACAAUGUCCUCCCUUUCAUUGCCGGCAAUGAGGCGACCCACCGUCUGGAGAUGGGCCUGCCAUUUGGCAACCUGAAACCCUUCGACAACGAUCUCAGCGACCCCAGACCCGACGUUUAUCACGGGGCGGCACUGUCGACCAUUCAUCCGCGGGUUCGUGCUGACUUGGGACCUUACAUCAUUCCAUCGACGGUCGACUUAACUCGUCCGGCCGCGCCGAAUUUCUUCGUCGAGGGCAAGAGUGCUCAAGGACGAGCUGAUGUGGCAAAGAGACAGGCCCUGAUUGAUGGGGCAAUGGGAGCCCGAGCCAUACACCAACUCCAGAAUUAUAAAGCUGAAGAGCCCAAAUAUGAUGACAAAGCACGUAGCUUUUCGGCUACCUACCAAGCGGGGACGGGCACCCUUCAGCUUUAUGCGCAUCAUCUCACCAAGCCUCUCACUCCUGGGGGCGAGCCAGAGACUCACAUGACUCAGACAAAGGCAUUUGCGUUAACGAGCGACAAAGACACAUUCGUACGCGGCGCCACAGCCUACCGCAGCGAUCGAGACCUGGCGAAAACAGAGCGAGACAGCUCCAUUGCCCAUGCCAACCAGGUGGCUCGCCAGAUGCCUGCGCCCAGCCCCAAUACAAGCUUGACCACCAGCCGCACAUCCCAGUCGACGGCCGUAGUUACCGGGUCAGACACUUCUGAAGACGAGCUGGCUCGCGACGAAGUGGCCCCGGUCAAGCGCGUGAGACCAAGUGCGGCGUCAUCCGUGAGCUACAGUUCUGCAACUGGACGAGAUGGUCGCCCUGCUUCCGGGGCCCCUAUGGCUAUUAGCAGAGCACCCUUGGCACCUCCGCAAAAUACCACGUCGACUUCCAGACGCAUUGAACGGCUUUCUGGGGAAGGAAGCAUAUCGAGCUCAACCUCCCACACGCGGACUGGAACGAACGGAGCUUUAAUAGAAAGACGUUCAGACCUCUCCAGGCAAUCUCAAAGCGUGCAGGGCUCAGGGCGAGGUCGUCAAACACGUCCAAUGGUGGAAGUUAAUUCAGUGCGGAUGCGCCAUAACGAUGAGUCGGGUUGGUGUGUCGAGCACCAGGCUAAGUCUAUCUUCGUGGCAGAUUCGCAAUGGACCGAUUACGAAAAGGAUGGACGGCCGGCUUUCUACUGCGCUCGUCUUCACGUCUUUACAUAUCGGCCUACGGGAAACAGGCGUCGGUGA